UCUCUCUAAAACAGCUUCGAACUCAAUUCAGCUCAGAACAGAACUGAAACCAAACUCAGCCAUGGCGGUGCUCCUCGUUCUCAUCCUCACGCUCCUAACGUGCUCCCUCCCCACGGAAUCAAGGCUCUACACUAACUACUACGCCAAGUCGUGCCCGAGAUUCGCGCAGAUAGUUCAGGACGUUGUAACGAACAAGCAGAUCUCCACCCCCACCACCGCCGCCGGCACCCUCCGCCUCUUCUUCCACGACUGCAUCCACAACGGCUGUGACGGUUCCAUCCUCGUCUCCUCCACCCCAUUCAACAAGGCCGAGCGCGACGCCGACGUCAACCUCUCCCUCCCCGGCGACGGCUUCGACGUCGUCGUCCGCGCCAAGAUCGCCCUCGAGCUCGCCUGCCCCAACACCGUCUCCUGCGCCGACAUCCUCGCCGUCGCCACCCGCGACCUCGUCACCAUGAUGGGCGGCCCCUACUACAACGUACCCCUCGGCCGCCGCGACGGCAAAUCCUCGCGCGCCGCCGCCGUCCCCGGCACCCUCCCCCUCCCGACCAUGUCCGUUUCCGACCUCAUCACUCUCUUUGGAUCCAGAGGGUUCUCCGCUCAGGAAAUGGUCGCCCUCAGCGGGGCCCACACCAUCGGAUUCUCCCACUGUAAGGAGUUCACCGCCGCGAUCUACAACUACAGCCGCGCGGAGCAGUCCGACCCGGUCUACAACCCGAGAUACGCGGCGGGUUUGCGGAAUGCGUGCGCGGAUUUUCAGAAGAAUCCGACUUUAUCGGUGUUCAAUGAUGUCAUGACGCCGAACAAGUUCGACAAUGCGUAUUUCCAGAACCUUCCGAAGGGGCUGGGGCUGCUGAAGUCGGAUCACGCCAUGUUUAACGACGCGAGGACGAGGUCGUUUGUGGAGCUAUAUGCUAAAGAUCAGAGUAGCUUCUUCUAUGCGUUCGCGAGAGCGAUGGAGAAGUUGAGUGUGUAUGGGAUUCAGACUGGGAGGAAGGGAGAGAUUAGGCACCGAUGCGAUGCGAUUAAUUAAUUUAAAGGAAUGAUCUUUGGUUGAGUUACAUUGUUGUUCGACUUGGGUAUGGGUAAAAUUGAGCAUUGUAUACAUGUUUUUGUACUAUCAAGGUGGAUCAAAAUUUGUUGAGUUUCAAAUAUAUAUACACAUAUAUUCGUUCUGUUAAUUAGUCUCUGUUUCUGGGUUUUGGUUCUUGCAACAAGUAUAGUGAGUUCUGGGUUUGAGAUGAGCGUUGCGUUG